AUGUUUACUUCGUUUACUUCAAGAAAUGAAUAUGAAAAUAUUAUUUUAGAAAAGCUUGGUUAUACCCAAUAUGAUCAAGGACCUUCUCGAUUAGGUUGGUUAUAUAAUACAAGUCAGUCACUAGUUCAAACAAGUCAACAUAAGACCGGAAAAUCUGCAGUUGACUUAUUUUUCCUUGAAUCAAAAGGAAUAAGUAAUUCAUAUUUUCGAUGCAAGUUAUCGUACUUCCCGUAUUUUUUUGUGCAAAGUAGGACUGACAAAGAAAAAGAAGUUAGUGAAUAUUUGCUAAAAAAGUAUGAGCAAUAUAUUCACAAAGUUUCCGUUAUUGAAAAGCAAGAUUUAAAGAAGGCGAACCAUCUUGUGGAUGGAAUAAGAAAAUAUAUUAAAAUAGAAUUCUGGAAUACUCAUGAGUUAUUAAUAGUUCGAAAUAAGUUAUUGAAAAUUGUAAAGGAGAAUCAAAAAGGAUUGGAAGCUAUUGAUGUUUAUGAAGACCAUCUUAGAUAUGGUCAAUAUGGUAAAACAUUCCAGAAUCCCGAAAAUAACAAUAAAAAUAAUGAACCGGUUAAUAAUAUUAUUGACAUCCGUGAAUACGAUAUACCUUAUUGUCAACGUGCCGCUAUGGAUUUGGACCUUCGAGUUGGGCGAUGGUAUAAAGUAAAAGCAUUUCCUCAAGAAGGUGGAACACGCGUUAUAUUGCGUCAUCAAGAAGAAAUAAUGCAACAUCCCAACCCAAUUGUGCUUGCAUAUGAUAUUGAAACAUCCAAAAAGCCUCUCAACUUUCCGGAUGCCGAUUUUGAUUCUAUAAUGAUGAUAUCCUACAUGGUCGAUGGCCGGGGAUAUCUCAUAACAAAUCGUGAAAUUGUAUCGGAGGAUAUCGAAGAAAUCGAGUAUUCUCCGACCCCGGCCUACGAAGGCCAUUUCAAAAUAUUCAAUGAACUGAAUGAGGAGGCAUUACUAAAACGAUUUUUCACCCAAAUUAAACAAGAAAAACCGACAAUAAUCACCACUUAUAAUGGUGAUUCUUUUGAUUGGCCAUUCGUCGAAAGACGAGCGGAAAUUUUCAAGAUUAAUAUGCAAAAAGAAAUAGGGUUUACUAAAUCUAGAGGGGUCGAUAAUGAUGAAUAUACGAGUAAACAAUGUGCACAUAUUGAUUGUUUUCAAUGGGUUAAACGAGAUAGUUAUCUGCCUAUUGGUAGCCAGGGUUUAAAGCGAGUAACCGAAGCUAAAUUAGGAUAUAACCCUGACGAAUUGGACCCGGAAGUAAUGACCGAAUACGCAGAAACUAACCCACAAACAUUGGCGCGUUAUUCCGUUUCAGAUGCCGUGGAAGCUUAUCGUGCAAAUAUUAUCAUGCCUAAUAAACACGUGAAUCAGGGUGAUAAGUUCUUUAAUGAUCACCCUCUUCAAGAUGAAACAUAUAUAGGUGGUCAUGUUGAUGCUUUGGAAGCUGGGGUUUUUAGAUCCGAUAUUUCAGUAAAUUUUAAUGUCGAUUCUCAAGUCAUCCGAAAGUUAAUGAUUGAUAUAGAUGACCUUUUGAAAUUUGCUAUCUGGGAGGCAUCUCGUGAAACUGAUGAAAAUUUGAAAGAAACGGUAUUUAACGUAGAUAAUGAGGAUGUAAUGAAUAUUUUAGCUGAGAAAAUAUGUGAAAUAACGAAUUAUAAUGAGGUUCGUUCGCGAAUUCUAUCUGCGUUGGAAGAACUUCGUGAAAGCAAGCAACAGUUCGUAAAAACGCCACUCAUUUAUCAUUUGGAUGUUGCUGCUAUGUACCCAAAUAUUAUUCUUACGAAUCGGCUUCAACCAGAUUCUAUGAUCACUGAAGAUGUUUGUCUUAGAUGUGAUUACAAUGUUCCUGGAAAGACUUGCGACCGCAAGAUGACAUGGUCGUGGCGUGGUGAAUAUUAUCCUGCAAAGAAGGAUGAAUAUAACAUGAUUAAGAAUCAAAUGGUGUCAGAAAAUUUUCCUUCAAACAUUCCAGAAGGGAAAUUGCGCACAUAUCAGGAAUUAUCUUCUGAGGAACAAUCAUCAUUUUUAAAGAAACGUCUCGGUGAUUAUUGUCAAAAGGCUUAUAAGAAGAAGAAAGAAACUAAGGUACAACAAAAAGAAGCCCUAAUUUGUCAACGUGAAAAUCCAUUUUACGUAAACACGGUGCUUAAUUUUCGCGAUUUGCGAUAUGCGUACAAAGCUAAAGUCAAAGAGUGGAAAAAUAAAUUAUCAGAAGCUAUCAAGAAUGAAGACCUUGUGAUGAUUGAUGAAGCGAAAAAAAUGAUUGUUCAAUACGAUUCUUUACAGUUGGCGCAUAAAUGUAUUUUAAAUUCCUUUUAUGGAUAUGUUAUGCGCAAAGGAUCUAGAUGGUAUUCUAUGGAAAUGGCGGGAGUUGUAUGCGAUACUGGAUCGAAGAUUAUUCAAAUGGCAAGGAAAUUAAUUGAAAAAAUUGGUCGGCCACUUGAACUUGAUACUGAUGGAAUUUGGUGUAUUCUUCCUUCAAAUUUCCCUGAAAAUUAUAAAUUUAAAUUAUCAUCAGGGAAAUCCCUUACAAUAUCAUUUCCAUGUGCAAUGCUAAAUUAUUUAGUGCACCUUAAUUUUACCAAUGAUCAAUAUCAUAAUCUAUCAAGUAAUAAAAUGAAGUAUGAAUUACGAAAAGAAAAUAGCAUAUUCUUUGAGGUUGACGGUCCUUAUCGAGCUAUGAUAUUACCAGCGUCUUUGGAAGAAAAUAAACUUCUAAAGAAAAGAUACGCAGUGUUUGCUCCUGAUGGCACCUUACAAGAGUUAAAAGGAUUUGAAAUGAAGAGACGCGGAGAGCUUAAACUGCUGAAAAAUUUCCAAGAAUGCAUAUUUCAGGAUUUUCUUAAAGGAAAGACACUCGAAGAAUGUUAUAAUGAAGUAGGAAAGACCGCAAAUGCUUUCCUGGACAUUAUAGAAUAUAAAGGAACCACUCUUCCCGAAAAAAUAUUAAUAGAAUAUAUUAGUGAAAAGCGCAGCAUGUCACGUUCAUAUGAAGAUUAUGGUAUACAAAAAUCUACGGCGAUAACAGCAGCAAAACGUUUGACAGAACUCUUAGGUGAUCACGUUAAGGCGAACAAAUUGACUUGCAAUUUUGUUAUCUCCGCUAGGCCUCCGGGUUUGCCGGUUAGUGAACGAGUAAUACCAGUAGCAAUAUUUUCGGCAGAAAACGAUGUUAAAAUCAAUUUCCUAAGAAAAUGGACCGCAGAUCCUAAUAUGGAUAAUUUUGAUGUCCGGAAUAUAUUAGACUGGAAUUAUUAUCAUGAACGCCUAGGAAAAACUAUUCAGAAACUUAUUACAAUUCCUGCGGCAUCUCAGGAUAUUAAUAAUCCAGUUCCAAGAUUAAAACAUCCUGAAUGGUUAUGCAAAAGAUUAUCAGAAUGUGACUCUAAACAGAGGCGUAUCACCGAUAUGUUUCGAAAAGUCAAUGAUGAAACCAAUGACAUCGAUGCCCCAAAUAUAGACGAUAUAGAAAAUUUUGGAAUCCCUAAAAGUGUUCCAUUGCUUAGGGCAGUAGUUAAAAAAUCAGCAAAGAAAAAAUGUGAUGUCUUAUCACUUUCAGAAUCAAAAGAAAACGAGUUGGAUCUCGAAAUGGAUAUAGAUCCUCAGGAAGAAAAUUUACAAACCUCUAAUGGUAAAAGGAUAGAUGAUGAAGAUUCCCAAAAUAUUUCUGUUGAAAAUACGAGUCGAUCACACAUUACUUCAACAAAAGGAAAAAAGCAAAUAAAUACAAAUAAAACUGUUGAAGGACAUAAUGUUGCCAAUAAUAUUGAUAAAAUUUCUUUAGAAAAAUUCUUCAACAAAGAGGUUAUAUGGGAAAUCCUACAGAUAGACGAAACCAAAACGCCCGGAGAUUUUAUUAUGUGGGUUCUUAUAGGAAGGGCACUUCAAUCAAUCCGUCUUAUUGUUCCAAGAAGAUUCUUUAUUAAUUACAAGUCAAAAACUCUCCCGAAAGAAAUAAAUGAAAUGACUGGAAUUAAGGGAAAUGUGGCCAAAGUAAACCGUACUUUACCUAGGUCUCAAGAACGAUUCAAUCUUUUUGAAGUGAACAUGCUUGAAUCGACUUAUAAAGAAAAUAAGUAUUUUCUUGAUAACAUUUUUAAUGAUCCUCUCACUGAGGGUGUUUACGAAACACAAGUAUCCCUAUUGGAUCGUGCUUUAAUAGAGGUUGGUAAUAUGAUUAACAAACAUUCAGCCAAGGCUGAGGUACUUAAAUCUGCAUUUAGAAAAGGAUUGGACAUUAGAAAUAUCAAAAGACCGGAAAAUUAUGAAUUAUAUUUACAAGACCAACAAAUUAAUUAUUUAUAUUUAUACCACAUUAUGUCUGGAGAUCGUCAAAUAUAUGGUUUAUUUUCUACUCGAAGUAAUAAGGCGAAGAUCUUCUUUGUGGGUAAAGGAACAACAGCGAGUAAUUAUUUAUUUAGAAACAUGUCUUCAAAAUAUAAAAGUUCAUUAGAAAAUUUACAAGAUAACUGUGAAAUUAUUUCUGAAAUAUUUAAAGUUUAUGACGAACUCGCAUUUGAGGUAGUUCCUCAUUUGGACAAUACUAAACAAUUUACAAAAGACUUGACAAAAAUACUUCGAGAAUAUCAGAAUGAAAGACAUGGGCCAACAAUCUUUGUCAUGCAAUCUCCAUACAAUUGCCGUGAUCUAAUUGAGGAAGGAGUAAAAGUUUUACGAGAGUUUCCCACAAUGAAUAUAAAGUCAAAUGAUACCUUUCAAACAUUUGAUUGGCAAGAGCACGCAGUUGAGUUAAUGUUCGUCAGAUAUUUUCAAGUCGGAUCAAUAAUUAAGAAUAAGAUCGUUAAAGCAAAAGACGCGAAUUUACCUCUAUGCAAUAUUAAUGAAGAUAACGAAAUAUUCACCAUCGAUAUUUUAUUUGCUCGACGUUUAAUAAAAGGAGAUGUUAUACUUUGGUGGUCUAAUUCUCCUAAACCUGAUCUUGGUAGCGGUCGAGAACAGGAUGAAUAUUUACAUCCUAAUGAUGAAUUAGAUUACGACUUUUGUUCUAAUAAUCCUGGAGUAUACAAAAGUUUAUGCUUUGAAAUCAAGUUGAAUAAUUUAAUUUUGAACACGAUACUUGAAUCAUCUUCGAUAAAUCAAAUUGAAGGAACUUCAAGGAUUUUUGGAGAUGAGAUACCUCAAGCAACAUUUACUGCUCUUAAAACUAUGGUUAAAGAUUGGUUCAAUGAAGGUUACAUUAAUAAUAAUAAAUUCGCUAAAGAUUUGAUUCAAAAUUUGGAAUCAUGGCUUCGAACAAACGAAUCUAAAUUCUAUGAUCAUACCAUAUAUGGACUGAUGCGGCUUUUGAUGAAGAAAGUAAUGCAACUUAUGGGCGAGAUCAAAAAACUUGGAGAUCAAGUUAUUUAUGGCAAUUUUUAUAAAAUUAUAAUCGCAUCACCGAAAAGACGCCGAGAUUUGGCCAUGACAUAUCAGAACUCUUUCAAGUCUUAUAUUCAGAGGAAGCCAGUCUUUAAAUCUUUAGAAUUGGAUUUUAGAAACAUAUGGACUAAUAUCCUUUGGAUCGAUCCGAAAAAUUUUAGCAGUACUUUAUUGCAUCAUCCAAAUUAUGUGGAUAAAAAAUGGACGAUAGUAGACUUACUCCCUGAACAAUUACAAAGUAAAUUUGAUGCAUUGAUGGAUGAUAUCCUUAAUUUUAUCACGAAUCCCAUUAAUUACGAAUUUAAAAGAAGCCUCCUAAGAAGAGAUAUCCUUGUAGAAGUGGAAAAUGCGCAAAAGGUUCAUAACGAAGGGAUACUAUUUCUCAAUUUGAUUUGCGCAGUUAUAGAGGUUGCAAUAGGACCAGACGAAAGUUGGACCAACAAGCAAAACUGUUGUAAUCUCUUAAGGAUAAGUGCGUAUACUGACAAUGUUAAAAAAUUCAAGCUUGAAAAUAAUCUUAAAGUUGGUAAUAUUGAAUGCACUGAUUGCAAGAGCAUUCAGGCCAUCGACAUUGGUUAUCCUAAUUGUAUUAAUUGUGAUGCGAAAUUAAAUCCAAGUAAACUUCAAUUUGCACUUUUGGAAUUCAUAAACAAUCAAAUAGGAAAAUUCCAAACACAAGAUCUUAUAUGUUCUAAAUGUAAACUUAUUAGAGAAGGGAAUUUACGCAAAUAUUGUGAAUGCGGAAGUGAAUUUCAGAGUACGGUUAACGCGGAUGACAUUAUUAAGUUAAUCACAAGAAUAAAUGAAUUAGCUCAAAAAAAUAGGUUUGAAUUAUUGGAGGAAACAUGUGAAUGGUUAUUAAACACUUAG